UUCCCCGUACCAAGGCAGCAGCAGCCGCCGGCCGGAGGACCGCUGUUCAUAAUUUGCUGGAACGCGUCUCGGAUGGGAUGAGCGAGUGAGCAAAAUUAAAUCAACUUCGGGAGCGCGUACUUUCCAUGAUAUUUUCUCCCUGAUUUCGCAGUUCUGUUCAGUUCAUUUCACAAGGCAGAUGAUGGCGUCCAAGGUGGGCUACGCUGGAGGGAUACCAGAGCGGCGCGUCAGGCCAAUCUGGGACGCCGUCGACUCUCGGCAGUACAAGAACGCCCUUAAACUAGCCACCGCGUUGCUGACCAAGUACCCCAACUCCCCCUACGCACUCGCACUAAAGGCUCUCAUUGUCGAGAGGAUGGGUAAAACGGAUGAAGCAUUAUCUCUGUGCCGUAAUGCAAAAGACCUGUUAUACAAAGAUGAGUCUGCUCAUAUUGAUGAUUUGACCUUAAGCACCUUGCAGAUUGUUCUUCAACGGCUGGACCAGUUAGAUUUGGCAACAUCUUGCUAUGAGUAUGCCUGUCAGAAAUAUGCAAACAAUCUGGAGUUGCUGAUGGGCCUUUUCAAAUGUCAUGUUCGUGAACAUUCAUAUGUGAAGCAGCAACAGACAGCAAUGAAAAUGUAUAAACUUGUUGGUGAAGAAAGAUUUUUGCUUUGGGUGGUCUGCAGCAUUCAGUUGCAGGUUUUCUGUGGUGAUGGAGGAGAAAAGCUGCUACAGCUGGCUGAAGCUUUGCUUAAAAAGCAUAUCACUUCACAUGGUUUGCAUGAAUCUGAAGCACUUCUUGUAUAUAUAUCAAUUUUGGAAGAACAAGGAAAAUAUACAACAGCACUGGAAGUCCUUUCCGGAAAAUUGGGUUCUCUUCUUGUUAUUGAAGUUGACAGACUUAAAUUACAGGGUAGACUACUUGCUCGUGCAUCUGAUUAUGUUGUUGCUGCUGAGACCUUCCAAAAGGUUUUGGAAUCUUGUCCUGAUGACUGGGAACCUUUCUUGCAUUAUCUGGACUGCUUGUCUGAGGGUAACAUGAGUGGUGUGUUCUGUAAGCAAGAAUACACAAAGAGUGAAGGAUGCAACCUGACUAAUUUGACUGGCGAGCUGAUCGAUUCACGCCUGUCAAAUGCUCUAUCUUUCGUUCAAAGAUUACAGUCUGUGAAUGGAAGUGAUAUAAGAUGCCCUCACUUGGCAAGCCUAGAAAUACACCGGAGGCGGCGGCUAUAUCAGAAUAUUAAUGAUGAAACACUAAUGAAUAAUGUAUUGGAGUAUUUCCACGGGUUCGGUCAUCUUUCUUGCUUUGCAUCUGAUGUGGAAAGCAUUCUACAUUCUUUUUCACUUGAGGAGAAGAUAAAACUUUUAGAGAAGUUGUUAGAGCAUCAAGAAGUAUCCUCUUUUUUCAGCAUGAAAGCCUUUGGCCAGUUCAUCACUGUUUUCAAGAUCAGGGAACUUCUCGGUACUGCAUUUAGUCUUUCUGAAAGUGAGCUCUUACACAGUACUAUAAAAAUGGCUCAAAUGUAUUGCAAAAGCCUCAGUUUGUCAAAGGAUUUGGAUCCACAAGAGAGCAUGCAUGGAGAAGAACUCCUGUCUAUGGCAUGCAAUCUGCUGAUUCAGCUCUAUUGGCGUACCAAGCACCUUGGUUUUUUUUAUGAAGCUAUCAUGGUGUUGGAAUUUGGCUUGGCUGUUCAAAGUAAUGUCUGGCAAUACAAGAUUCUUCUGUUGCACCUGUAUUCUCAGUGCACCGCUAUUCCUGCUGCAUAUGAGUGCUAUAGGAAACUUGAAAUAAAGAACAUCUUACUGGAGACAAUGUCCCAUCAUAUUAGGCCACAGCUUCUAACAUCACCAUUUUGGUCUCUUUUGGACAAUCUGCUGAAGGAGUAUCUCAAAUUUUUUGAGGAAUAUACAAAAGAAGCUGCUGAUCUUACCUUUUUGGCAUAUCAGCAUCGUAACUACUCAAAAGUACUUGAAUUCGUUAAGUUCGGAAAACGCUUGGUGCAUUCUCAUUGGUAUCUAACAGCAAAGCUGGAAGCAUCCAUUUUACAACUGAAGCAACUUGCUCAAAACCUUGAAGAAGUUGAGGCGUUUCUUGAAAGUAUCAACUUUGGUUGCAAUUUUAUUGAAAUUUCAAACAAAGAGAAGCUGAAAUCAUUGACAUUUAAUGAUGAUCUGCAUGCACGUCCUUGGUGGUCACCCACUUCUCAUGAAAACUGCCUUCUAGGUCCAUUUGAUGAAAGUUUUCACAAUGUUCGAGAAAACCUGCUAAAGGGGAAGGAGGCACGACUAUUGCAAGCUAUUGAGAAAAGGUCUCUCAUACCCAGACUAGUUUGUCUAUCAAUCCAAAACACUGCAGCAUCAUUCCAGGAAACUUUAGAAUCUAAUGGGACUUCACAUGAUAACAAGUCAAAUCUGGAACUGCGAUCUCUGCUUGAUCAAUACGCGAUCAUCCUUGGACUUCCUUUUGAUGAUGCAGUAAAUAUGUUGACCAAGCUCUCAGAUGGCCAGAAAGCUCUGCAGGAUGUAAAUUCUGAGAUGAUCGACUGGAUGAACUUCGCUAUAUUUCAUAAUGCUUGGAUGAUCUCGUCCCACCUAGGGGGUUCAGGUGGCAGCAAGCAAGGAAACUCUUGCUGGACAACUGUUGAGAGCUUGAUAGAUAAAUGUGUUACCCAGUGUCUAUUGUCGUCUGAGCUGCAUUCCAUGUGUCGUUGGAAUACAUUUCCUUUGUUAGUACAGAUAGUAACAGAAUCAUUUGCAUGGCACCAACUUAUAAUUCAAUCCUGCAUCCGAAUGUUGCACCCCAUGGGAAGGAAGAAGAAGAAGGGUGGUGGACUGGAUCGGAACCAAUCACCUGUUCUACAUGCCGUGCGGGGUUCUGUUGAUUGCUUAUAUCGUGUCAUUCAAGAUAUAAGGGUAUGGUUGGCAGAAAAGAUUAAUAUGCCAGAGGAUGAAAAAUUGGAGAGCUUGUUGACCCUUGUCAGGAGGGGUGAGGACCAUGAUAGUAUACUUCCAGGUAGCGUUCUGCAGAUUGUAGAGGCUGCUGCAUGUCUGGGAGAAAGAGAGUUGAGAGGGGAAAGCAUUUGCGAGUCACUUCAAAAUUGGAGCUCUGCCGAGGUUGCAAGAAAAAUCAUUAACAGUCAAAAUUUACAACUUUUGGAAUUUGAUCGUAUAUGCAAUGUGAAAUUGACGUUUUUGGGAGCUUUGAAACAUUCUUUCUAGGUUAUGGAGGAGCAUCUCUUGUUCGCUUUGCUUAAAAUAUAUGUAAUUUUAAAUUCUUUUCCAUGUCAUGGCAUUCCUAAUUGAUUUUGUAGUCGCAAACAUUUGAAAUGUUGUAUAUGUUUUUUCCUCAUUUUUUCAAACUUCGGGAAUUAAA